UGCGCAGUGGCGCUGCCCGGGGCUCCCAGCUGGGGCAGUGUUUACAGCAGCCGGAGCCGGAGCGCCCGGGGGAGCUGCCCCCCUGCCCAGAUCCCCGUUUAGUGGGAGAACCUGCGGGGAAAAAUUGUUGAAGAUGGGAGGCGCGGUGAGUGCUGGUGAAGAUAACGAUGAGUUAAUUGAUAACUUGAAAGAGGCGCAGUAUAUCCGGACCGACCUGGUGGAGCAGGCGUUUCGAGCUGUUGACCGGGGAGACUACUAUCUGGAGGAGUUUAAAGACAGUGCUUACAAGGACUCUGCAUGGAAACAUGGGAAUAUUCAUCUCUCGGCUCCAUGUAUAUACUCGGAAGUGAUGGAGGCUCUGGAUCUUCAACCGGGACUGUCCUUCUUGAACCUGGGCAGUGGCACUGGCUACCUGAGCUCUAUGGUGGGACUCAUCUUAGGUCCUUUUGGUGUGAACCAUGGCGUGGAGCUUCACUCAGAUGUGAUCGAGUACGCGAAGCAGAAACUGGAGGACUUCAUCAAGACAAGCGACAGCUUUGACAAGUUUGAGUUCUGUGAGCCCUCCUUUGUUAGCGGCAACUGUUUAGAGAUCUCUCCAGAUUCGACUCAGUACGACCGUGUCUACUGUGGCGCCGGAGUCAAGAAAGAGCACGAAGACUACAUGAAAAAUCUGCUGAAAGUUGGGGGAAUUCUUGUCAUGCCACUAGAGGAGAAGCUGACUAAGAUAACUCGCACUGGUCCUUCUGCCUGGGAAACCAAGAAGAUCCUGGCUGUUUCUUUUGCUCCUCUAGUUCAGCCCAAUCACAUGGAUUCAGGGAAGUCCAAUGUCGUUUACUUGCCGCCCGUGGUUGUCCGCAGCCUCCAAGACCUGGCCCGCAUUGCCAUCCGAGGAACUAUUAAAAAGAUAAUCCAACAGGAGGCCGGCAGUCAAACUGGAAACAGCCCAAAGAGCCUGCCCCGGUGCAAGCGCAGGCGUGUCCGCCACCGUCGCAUGGAGACCAUUGUUUUCUUGGACAAAGAGGUCUUUGCCAGCCGGAUCUCAAACCACUCCGAUGAUAACAACAACUGCGAAGAGUUUGAGGAUGAGACUCUAGAAGAGGAGGAAAAGGGUAUCUCGGAAAUGAAGCCGGACCCCCCUGUAAACUUCCUGAGGGAAAAAGUCUUGAGUCUGCCUUUGCCCGAUCCCCUGAAAUAUUACCUGCUUUAUUACAGAGAAAAAUAAGUUUUCUUUCUCGUAGGAAGCGGAAGGGUAGACAAAAGAAUAAAAUACUUCGUAGGGCUUGACAAAUGUACACCACUUGCUUGCCUGUUAACAUGACCAAGUGUGGCGGUAGGCUGGCUGGGAAUGUGGCUGCUGCAUACAUGAACAUCAUGGCUUUUUUUAAGUUUGCUCUCCUCCUUGGUUGUGUGCUAUAGUUUUAUCCUAGAGCAGGGCAUCUUUAGGAGGGAAGCUGGUGAAAUGCCCAGCUGCUUGCAGGACGGAUUUAAUUCCCUGAAAGUAACUGUGCAAGAGAUGUCUGAGAUCUCAGCUCUACUUUCACCAAAUUGCAGUUUUUCAAUACUCCAUAGGCAGCUUCCUGGAGCCCUUCAUUGUCCAUGCUCUCCCACUAACUCUGCCGUGUCGUGUCCAUUUGUAACGGAGAAUGAAGUUCUUACUAAAAUCUGACCUGGUAAACCUUAUUUGGGGUUUCUUCCAGAACCCUAACAAACCCCACGUCUUUUGCAAAUGUACAAAAUGGGAUUUUGGUGUUGCUUCAAGGUACCCAGGUUUUGAACAGUGGAGGAAAGCACUGGCCACCUUUCGAUAGAUAGGUCUCGGAAAGAAAUGGUACAUUUUUGCCGUAGGAGGAUUGAAAAGUUUGGCAGGGAGUUGGCCUGCCCAUUGCAGAAAGCACCUGGUUAUAUAAAAUCCAGGCUGAGGCAAAGUGUUAACUCUGUAAGGUUACAACUAAGGCAAGCAAUGAGAAAAUUUUAAAAAUUGACCAGCUGACUUCCAGAGAUUGCUUGGAUAACCAGGUUUGUGACUGCAUGUAAAAUUUCAGGAAGUCAUUCCAAAAGGGAAAAAAAAAAAAAAGACGACAACCAGCCAAAUGGGUGGAAAGAGGAGAAAUGUAGCAGAGGGUUGCAUAAAAGCAAGCUCUGAUAGUAUGACCAGCAGAUCUUGUUUUGGGCAAAUUCACGUGCUAAAUGCAAUGUAAUGCAGUUGGGAGUACUGCUAGGCUUUAUUGAGGGAAGUAACUAAAAUGUUGGGCAUCACCCAGAUGUCAGGCCCUGAAUUUUAAUGGGUCUGUGUCCCUCUGACAUCUGCUCUAGCAAGAAGAUUAGAAUAGAUUUCCUGACCACCUUGUCUUUGUAUGUUAGGUGGAACUAGAUUUACUGCCUUUCUAGUUUAUCUCAUUUUUUGGGGGGAUUCUUUUUGGCUUGUAAUAAAUUAAACAGCUAUUUAAAGUAGUUUGGGUAGAAAGACUUUAUAAUCCGCGGUUUUGUGCUACAUAAGUUCUAAUCUUUAUUCUCAAGUCUUCCUGUCACAGUGGUAGGAAGAGACUUGCGUUCACACGGAGAGGGGGAGAUUAUUUGAGCCGGUUUGCAAAAUUAACUUUCUUGAGGACUGGAAGGAACAAAUUGAGUGAUGGAUGUGGAUUCCCCCAGAGGGUAAUUUUUAAUCAUCCUUUCAGUGCAUAAGCCUCCUGUGUCAGAAAAGGUGUUUUCCCGUCAGAGGCCCUUUGAGUUGGGUUGCUGGCUCUUGUUCUCAUUUGGAUUGUUCUUCAGUUUCCCAAAAGUGGAUGAAGAUCGUCUUGCAUAUUCUUCUGUAUCCUGUUGGGUUUUGUGGUGUUGAGUUGUACAAUGUGCAUUGACUGAAUUGGAGAUCUAAAUUUUGUGCAGCUCUUACAAAAAAGUGUUAGGGAUUAGUCUAAUGAGCCCGAGUAGUGCGCUUAGACUCUCUUGCUCCCUCUCAAAAGCUCUAAUGGGGACAACUUGAUAGGUUUCUGUGCAUUUACAGAUACCCACAUUGUACUCAGGACAACCAAAAACAUGCGCUUUUUUUCUAUAAAAGAAAACCCAAAUGUGAUGUGUAUGAAGUCCAGUAAAAUCCAGGUGUAAUACAUGUGCUGUGUGGUUCCCCAAAAGAUUCUGGCUUCGGUUCUGUUAAGUGCUGCCGAUCUGUAGGUAGGAGUCUUCCUCUCCAGUGAUGCUGCUUUUCACCCUCUCUAGCAGCCUCUUGCUUUUGGCUACUAAAUCCUUCUCCAGUUUUAGCAAUUGCAGGACUUCCUACUGGUACGUAGAAAUAAUCCAUUUUUUUUAAAACAGCUGGUUAUAAACAGCUUAAAAUGGAUGUUUACAUGCAUAAUCCAUCCCAGGGUCUAUUAAAACUGCCCUAAUUAAGGGAGAUAAUCUUUGCAUUUAGCCCUAUUUGAUUUCCCCCUCCCCCAUGAUUUUAAAAUAUAUUUAAUCAGGUUUUCUUUUUUUCACCAGAUCUUCCUUAUUACAUUUGCUAGGUUUUGCAAUAUCCUGGUAAAUACAUUUUCAUAUGUCCAUCUUUGUGUGCUGUAAAACACACACUAUAUAUAUUUCCUGGGUAUGGGUGAGACAAUAUAUUUAUUAAAAGCACUGCAUGUUCUAGGUUGUCCAGUUGUCCCAUUUAUCAAAACAGAAAGCAACAUAGCGGAGAGAGUUUCUCUGAUGUAUUUUAACUGUGAAAUAGUGUAGCUUGUAGCCAGUAAAAGAAGGGGAAUUGUAAAUAUAGCUUUCCCCUUUCACAGCCACUUGCACUGUAGUUUUGUAUAGUAGAUUAGUGCUUUUAGUAGACUAACUGUAGCAUAACAGUUUUUGUAUAGUCUCUAAGCACCGUGGAUACACCACCAGCUUUUCUGUUGACUAUUUCACAUUUGUUUGCUUUUUAAAUGUCCUUUCUAGAUUUCUAGAUUUUGAUAGGAUCGUAAAUUCAUAUCUGAGCAAAAAAAAAAAA